GAAAUUUCCUUCCGUUUGUCAGUUCUAUCGUCGUCGCGCAACAGAAUUAACACAAUUACAAUGUCGUCACGUAAAUCCAAACUAUCAUUGAAAAAACCGGCACCAACUAACAUUCUACAGAACAUGUUAGAAAGCAACAAAGUGGGGAACAGUAGUACUUGCACCGAUAAUAAUCUGUUCCCCCACUCGCCGAAAAAAGUGGUACCCGGUAACAAUAAACCGUUCCCGGCGGCGCCGUUUAUGGAUGGUGACCAAUGUAGUGUCAUCACCAUCCAUUCGGAUAAUUCAACAGUCCAAACUCCUGCCAACCUGUGGGAGAAUUUUGAUGUGGAAUUAGUGAUGGCCCAAUUAGACGGAGGUGACGCUGCGGACCAUUUAUACUCCAGCGAACGAGUUGUCCCAACGCCACAUUUGUCAGAGCAGCAGAAGUCGCCCACUCCACCACCAGAAUUUCGAGCUCCUCUUCCACCUCUAGAGCAGGCCGGAAAGUCCGAAGACGAACCGGUCGAUCCCAGGGUGUGUGCGAAGAGACGGCGCAAAUGUGGCGAGAAAAAUUUAGAAGCCCUGCUGAAAAUUCAAGGGCAGGAGGCGGGGUACACACCUGAGAUGCCGUCCACUUCGGCGGUUCCAAUUCCUGCAGCGCGGGAGAUUGCUUCCCAGGCGCACCAACUUCUGCAGAAAAUGCUGCAGAAGUAUGCCAUCCAACUGCAAGAAACGCAGGACAAAACCUCUCAAUUGGAACGUCAAGUGGAGGCGUCCCGGAUGGAGGAAAGAAAAAUUGAAGGGGACAUGCGGUACAUUUUAAGCUUUGUUAAUUUUUGUGGUAGGAAAUAGUCUAUAUAUAGUUGUAAUAAAUUAAAUUGUUGUAAGAUAGUUUUAAUAAAUAAAAGGUUGUAAGAUAAUUGUCGUUUACAUUGAACAAAAAAAAAUUGUUCACAUCACCUGCUAAUAAAGAAAUGUGACAUUGGAAAAAGUAUGCAACCAAAAGUGCAUAACGUAGUGUGAUUAGUUGCAUAAGUGUAACUUUGCACAAUGCAAUGGGUUAAGUAGAUAUGUAAAGUGAGUUGCAUUAUAAUGGAAAAGCGUGUGUAGUAAGUAAAGGUGGACGUCGAUAGAGAAUAAGAUGUACGUCCGUAAGUAGCGAAAGAGAUGCAAAACGAGUUGAUAUGGUAUGGUACGUUAC